AUGGCUGCCACUGACCAUUCCCGGUCCGAAGCAGCCAAGCAGCGGCGGCAGGACCAGCUGCAGAGAUGGCAGGGCUCGGACACGGACUGCACGAAGCCCGAGACCCGAGAGCUUCCCCGCGGCUCGGUCCCGCGCAGAGUCCGCUUCGCUCAGGGCGCCGUGUUCAUGGCUGCAUGUUCGGCCGGAGAUCGGGAGGAGGUGGCGGCUCUCCUCAGGCAGGGAGCUGACAUAAACCACGCCAACAUAGACGGUCUGACUGCGCUUCAUCAGGCCUGCAUAGAUGAAAAUGCAGAGAUGGUGCAGUUCCUGGUGGAGAGUGGGAGUGAUGUGAACCGAGGAGACAACGAGGGCUGGACUCCUCUACACGCUGCAGCCUCCUGCGGCUUCGUCCAGAUUGUCAAAUAUCUAAUAGAACAUGGGGCUAAUGUUGGUGCUGUGAACAGUGAAGGGGAGCUUCCACUGGAUGUAGCUACAGAAGACGCCAUGGAGCGACUUCUCAAGUCUGAAAUCAAGAAACAAGGGAUAGAUGUAGAUCACGCUCGAAAACAAGAGGAAAGAAUAAUGCUUCGAGACUCCAUGGAUGUGUUGUCUGGUGGUGGCACACUCACACCACACCACAACACCAGGGCGACGGCUUUGCACGUUGCAGCAGCGAAAGGAUACAUAGAAGUCCUCAAAGUGCUUCUUCAGUGUGCAGUCGAUGUGGACUGCCGGGACGUAGAUGGAUGGACCCCUCUCCAUGCAGCGGCGCACUGGGGGCAAGAGGAAGUGUGCUCUCUGCUCGCCGACCACAUGUGUGAUAUGGGGGCUGUCAACAUCGUGGGCCAAACUUGUCUAGAUGUCGCCGAUGAGAACCUCAUAGACACAUUGGAGGAGCUGCAGAAGAAACAAAAUGCUUUACGCAGCGAGAAAGAGAAACAAACUCCAGUUAUAGAGACCAGCCCUCAGAUUGCCAUGGUACCAGUCCGACCUCGAAGGACCUCUAUCUCCCGUAUGAGCAGCAAGGAGAAGAUUUGCCUCCACGAGCGAGAGAAACACCCUCCCCCCGCUCUGCAAAACAGCCCUGCCGAGGAAGAAGAAGAAAACGAGAGCCAGACGGGAAAAGGCCAAACCCAAACCCAAACCCAAGGCCAGACCAAAGCCUCCAGCAGCUCCAGCUCCGAAGAGGAGAGUGAGUCUGAAAGUGAUGCAGAGUCUGAGAAAGCUAAGAAUCGGGAGCUCAUCAACAACUUGAACAACAAACGUAACACCACAGGACUUCUUUCUACCUCUACAAGUGCUGCUGGUAAAAAGGAACCCAGUAAGACGCAGCCCACUGAAGCCCCAGGCUCCUGGAGGACCUCCCUGAGGAAGGCGGGCAGCUCAGUGACCCUUGGCUCCGCAGGUCUGUCUGAGUCCAGCCAGGACCGCCCUGCCGAGUCUGUGUUAGGAAUGACCCGCUCCGCAUCCAGCCCCCGCCUCAGCUCCGACGCUGACAACAAGCAGGAGCCGCGGCUAGCCAGAGUACCACCCAUUACAACGCGGAGGCUCUUCAGUAUUCCCGACAGCAGUCCUGACAACUCCAACAGCUGGCUCAGUCGUAGCUCUUCUUACACCCGGCGCCUUCAUAGUCAUAGCAGCGAGUUCAGUAGUUCCAACCCUUCUUUGCCUCGCAGUGCGUCUUAUGGAAAGAAACUGGACGAUCUCACUGUAACCUCAGCCAGUUUAGGGACAAGCUCCUCUGGGCUUGGUCGACCCAAUAGUGUUUUAGCUCAGAGACUUCCUCAGGAACAGUCGGAGAAGAAGGAUCAGCCUGUGGUCACAACAACUAAUUCUGGCAUCAUGAUCACAGGCGAACCAGAGGCCAAGCAAAGACGCAAGUCGUAUCUGACUCCUGUGCGUGACGAGGAGGCCGAGGCGCAGAGAAAGGCCCGAUCCCGACAUGCAAGGCAGUCCCGCCGCUCCACUCAGGGUGUAACACUCACAGAUCUACAAGAAGCCGAAAAGACAAUGAAGACUAAAAGUGAAACUAAAGUGAGAGAGGAGGAAGACGAGAAGGAAAAGGACAAGGACACUAAACUGAAGAAGGGUGAUGAGGGGGAAGUGAGCUGGCGGUCUCGUAUUGCCAGUUUACAGAAGUCAGACCUCCUGGGCCUCACACAGCCCGCCGGUACCUCGCGGACUCAGGCCACGGACAGAAAAGAUGUAGAGGCCACUUUAGGGGGAGAGAGUGAGACGGAGCGAUGGGCGAGAGAGCGGAGGGAGAGGCGACAAGCCCGGGCCAGAAGGAAGGCGCAGAAGACGGGAGAGAGUGAUGACAAUGAGCCAAGUGGAGAAGAGGAGUUGACAGGCAGUGGGCUGGAUCCACAGACAAGUGAAAAUUUGAGUUCCAGGAGGUCAAAUUUGUCCUGUAAUGACACAGAAGGUGGCUCUGGGAAUAAAGAUUAUAAAAAGUUAUUUGAAGAAUUGUCGAGAGAAAACAGUCAGUUGCAAUCACAACUGCAGGACACUCAGAGGAUUGUGAAUCAGACUCGGUUGGACUUGGAAAAAGCCGCCCAGCGGCAGGAGCGCUUCACCGACUGCUCCGCCCUCCUGGAUAUGGAGAGAAAGGACCGGAGGAUGCUGGAGAGGAGGAUGGCCGAGUUGGAGGAGGAGUUAAAGGUUCUUGUUGAUCUGAGAACCGACAACCAGCGUCUUAAGGAUGAAAAUGGAGCACUGAUCCGUGUCAUCAGCAAACUCUCCAAAUAG